AUGUGGGAGGGGGAGGAGGGAGAUGUACUGCAAGAGAGUACAACAGGACAUCAGGAUGAUAUUAUCAACUUAGAACAAAGGGUGUCCCUUUACAGUUAUGAAGACUAUAUUCACGAAUUUCUUGAUGAAAAAUCCGAAGAUGAAUUGUAUAACGAGGAUUCAAGAAUAGAGGCUGAUUCCCAGGUUCUUGAGGGAGGGGAGUAUGAGGUUGGAAAUAUGUUAAGAAAACCAACAUUAUCAAUACGCUUUCAUCUACCAAAGGAGGAUAAAAGAACUAUCGACUUAAACUGCUUGGAAGACACGAUGUACCUGUACUCCCAUCAGUACAAAUCCCGAGUUUUCCUCCCAGCUCAGGUGUCCAAAAAGAAACCAAAACUAGAAUGGGAUGAAAACUCAAGUGCACUCAGGGUAACCCUGGAUGUGGCAACAAACAGUGCAGUUUUGAACUUUUAAUAGAUUAAAAAUGUGAAAAAUUAUGAAUACCUGAGACAAAGAAUAAUAUGAAUAAUGGAAUAUAAAGACGACAUCUCACCAAUCUGAUAUGUGUAUUUCAAUUUAGAAUAAAGAAAAGUUGAUGCAAUCCUGUUUGAACUACCGCCGUUUGAACUACUUGUUCAUUUGAACUAUUGUUCAUUUGAACUACUGCACCUGGUACCAUCACAUGAGUAGUUCAAACAACCAAUAGUACAGACGAGUUUGUUUCAUGCUUAUUUGAACUAUUUUUUAUUUUAUUUGAAAAGGCGAUAAAAUACAUAUCAAUAUUUAUUGAGGAAUAGGAAUGACAAAUUAUUUGCUAAUAAAAAAAAUAACAACAAUAUUAAGAGACUUGCAUUUUUUUAUCCUAAAAAGUUUUCUUCUAGUCAGCUUAAUUAUUAAGAAUAUUUGUAAAUAUCUGUGUUUUCCUUAUUUGAUUCUAACAGUUGCCUAAAAACAACUUUUCAAGUGAAAUGGGUCUGUUUACACUGCACAAUUUCUGUUUUUCAUGUUCAACGGACUAUUUAGUCAAAUCUUAAAUCAAUGAGUCGUCUUUCUAUUCCACAGUUUUUUUAGUUUCACUGUUCAAUAAAAGAAUCACAAUAAAGAAAAGACUUCAAUA